AAGGUUGAAUUGAUUGAUUUGCUCGGAGGAAAGAGAAAAUUAUACUCCGUUUGUGUUCUACAAGGUACAGAGAGUAGUGAAAACGUUAGGCACAAGGAGAUGAGUAGAGUGGCCCUUAUCAUCUUCGCUUGAUAUGCACGGGCAUGCACCUGUGCUUUCAGUGUGAAAGUCUGUGCCUGGAAUCGAAGGCUAUCUGUAUAUUCGAGCUUCAAUGAGGUGAAAUAUGCUUGAUUUGUGGAUCGAAGCUGUUGAGCUGUGUGAAGAAAAGAUCGUAGCUUUCUUGUGAUCGUCUGUUCGAGGUCAUUGAUUGAGUGCAACCGAGAUCUGAACAGGGUUUUAAAUAUUUAUUUAUUUUUAUUUUUUUGUGAUUUUGUUUCUGGGUUUAAAAGAUUCUUGUUCUUUGAGGAAUUUGGGACUCAUCAACUGUAAAAUUUUCAGUUAAAGCUAAAAGAUUUGGUUUCACUUUCAUGGUGGAGUUUGAGCUGAAAUAUGAUUGUUGAUCAGUUCAAGAUUUGGCAUAUGAAUUUCUUGGAAAUGAAAUUCUGUGCCUGGGGGUGUUUGGUGAAGAAUAUAAAGAGCUGAUGAAGCUGAACUUUUUCGUGUUCUGUAGUAGAAGAGGUUUUGGUUGAACAUAUUCGCAGCCGCAGGGGAGUUAUAGUUAACAUUUACUUCAAAAUAUUUACGUGAAGAACUAUAAUUUCCUCAAUUCUCUUGCACUAUAUUUGGGGGUUGGCAGUGAAGGGGGUGGGGUGGAGUGGGGUAGAUAUCUAUUGCUAUGACUGCAUGCAUUGAAGUGGUGCCAAAUUUGGGUUGAAAAGGGCAAUUUUCUUUCUUGUUGGAUCUUUUUACUGUUGAACCUGCAGGAAUGAAGCUCUCUUCUUCUGGUUUAAGUCAGCAGUCUCCUGAAGGGGAUAAGAAUUGUCUGAAUUCUGAACUUUGGCAUGCCUGUGCUGGUCCUCUUGUUUCUUUACCUGCUGUUGGGAGCCAUGUGGUGUAUUUUCCUCAGGGUCACAGCGAACAGGUUGCUGUAUCAACCAACAAGGAAGUUGAUGCACAAACACCGAACUACCCAAGCUUGCCUCCACAGCUAAUUUGUCAGCUUCAUAAUGCGACCAUGCAUGCUGAUGUCGAGACAGAUGAGGUUUAUGCUGAAAUGACCUUGCAACCAUUAAGCCCGCAAGAGCAAAAGGAUGUUACUUUACUUCCUGCAGAUCUGGGUACUCCCUGCAAACAGCCAACAAAUUACUUCUGCAAAACAUUAACGGCAAGUGAUACAAGCAGUCAUGGUGGAUUUUCAGUUCCGCGCCGGGCAGCUGAGAAAGUUUUUCCACCAUUGGAUUUUGCUCAGCAACCCCCAGCUCAAGAGUUGAUUGCACGGGAUCUGCAUAACAAUGAGUGGAAAUUCAGACAUAUUUUUCGAGGUCAGCCAAAGAGGCAUCUUCUUACUUCUGGAUGGAGUAUGUUUGUCAGUGCGAAAAGACUUGUUGCUGGUGAUUCAGUCCUUUUCAUAUGGAAUGACAAGAAUCAAUUGCUUCUUGGUAUCCGACGUUCCAAUCGCCCACAAACUGUCAUGCCUUCUUCGGUUUUAUCAAGCGACAGCAUGCAUCUGGGGCUUCUUGCUGCUGCUGCACAUGCAGCUGAAACAAAAAGCUGUUUCACCAUAUUUUUCAACCCAAGGUCUAGUCCAUCAGAAUUUGUUAUAUCUCUGGCCAAAUAUGUGAAAGCCGUUUAUCAUACUCAAGUCUCUGUUGGUAUGCGAUUCAGGAUGCUGUUUGAAACAGAAGAUUCUAGCAUUCGUCGCUAUAUGGGGACGAUAACUGGCAUAAGUGAAUUUGAUCCCGUUCGAUGGCCAAAUUCGCAUUGGCUUUCUGUGAAGGUUGGUUGGGAUGAAUCUACUGCUGGUGAAAGGCAACCUAGGGUCUCCCUAUGGGAAAUUGAGCCUUUGACAACAUUCCCCAUGUAUCCGUCGCCAUUUCCCAUGAGACUAAAGCGACCUUGGCCUCCAGGACUCCCCUCAUUCAGUGGGGUGAAGAAUGAUGAUACAGGGAUAAAUUCCUCUCUUAUGUGGCUCUGUGGAGAUAUUGGAAACGGUGGAAUGCAAUCUCUCAACUUUCAAGGAACGGGAGUCACGCCAUGGAUGCAGCCAAGGCUUGAUACUUCAACACUUGGCAUUCGAACUGACAUGUACCAAGCUAUGGCUGCUGCUGCUGCUCUUCGGGAGAUGAGGGUUAUUGACUCUUCGAAACAGAUCCUCUCGUCACGCAUCCAGUUCCAGCAACCCCUGGCUGUCGGUAGCUGGUAUGACGGUUUGGUGCAACCUCAGACCAUGCAACAGUCCCAGUCCCCUUCUCCUUUUCGUCAAAGCUUUCAAGAAAACCAGCCUCAGGCACCUCUACAACAGCAUGCUCAUCUUCUUCAGCCGCAAUUGCAGCAUCAAAACUCUUUCAGUAAUCUACAGCUCCAACAGCAGCAUUUGACUGAUCCUCAGCAGGUUUCAAGUGCUGUACCUGUCCUAUCUCAAUUGGCUUCAAGCUCUCAAGCCCAGCCUUCAGAGCUGCAAUCCGUUUCUUCCGUGCACCCACAGAACUUUCUGGAUUCAAAUGUCAAACCUGUCACUAGCAAUAUUAGUUUUCCUCUUCACAGUUUAUUGAGCUCAGUCUCCCAGGUUGAAGCGCCCAACCUUGUUAACAUGCCUAGUUCGAGAGACUUAUUAUCUUCCAGUGGUUGGCCCACAAAGAGGGUUGCCAUUGAUCCUCGUUUUCAUUUGGGAACAUCUCAGUGUAUAUCAUCCCAGGUGGAUCAGUUGGCACCACCCAACACUAACAUAUCUCAAAAUGCUGGUUCUUUGCCUCCGUUUCCUGGUAGGGAGUGCAUUAUGGAUCAAGGAAGCAAUGAUCCCCAAAGUCACCUUUUAUUUGGAUUUAAUAUAGAUUCCGCAUCCCUUCUCAUGCAGAAUGAGAUGUCACAUCUUAGGGGAGUUGGUAGUGAUAGCAAUAAUCCAACAAUAGCGUUGGCCUCUUCCAACUACUUGAGUAGCACUGGCACAGAUUAUUCAAUUGACCCAACAGCUUCUUCCAGUUGUAUCGAUGAGUCGGGUGUCCUGCAGUCGUCCAAAGGCAUGGGGCAACCAGACACAUCUUCCAAAACCUUUGUUAAGGUUUACAAGUCAGGGUCCUUUGGAAGGUCACUGGAUAUCACCAAGUUCAGCAGCUAUCAUGAGCUGCGCGGUGAACUUGCAGUGAUGUUUGGCCUCGAAGGCCAGUUGGAGGACCCUUUGAGAUCAGGCUGGCAGCUUGUAUUUGUGGACCGAGAGAACGAUGUUCUUCUCCUUGGCGAUGACCCCUGGCUGGAAUUUGUAAACAGUGUAUGGUGUAUCAAGAUACUGUCGACACUAGAGGUGCAAGAGAUGGGAAAACGAGGCUUGGAAGUCCCAGUUCAGAGACUUCCAAGCAGCAGCUGUGAUAGCUACGCAAGCCGGCAAGAGUCCAGGAAUAUGAAUACCGGGAUACCAUCUGUUGGGACUCUUGAUUUUUAAAGCAGUUUUACGAGUUAAGACAAAGUCACUUGUAUUAGUAUUAUUAGCAUAUCUGCCUAAAACUUUUGGGGGGACAGAACUUCUUGCUUCUUGGUUAAGCCAUUACAUAGAAGCUAUACUGGUAAGGAUUAUAGCAUAACCUCUUCCAUUUCGCCAUCCUGUAAUGCCAAAACGCGCAUAUUUAAGGACAAUAGUGCCUUUGAAUUAGCUGUAGUUUCUUACUAUUUUACAAUCUAUUUAGAGCUCAACACUGAUAUUGGUGAUGUAUUAUGUCCAUUCAAAAGCUAUAUGUAUGUCCCCAGUAUAUUUGUUCACAGUUU